GCUUGGGAUCCAGCCCGGCAGCAGCUUCCUAUUGACUGGCAGCGGUCGGAGCCCUCGUCCGUUUCGUGCGCAGGGGGCAGAUGCAGUGCUUGUGUCGGCCUAAAAGAGCGGGGUGGAGGUGAGCAGCUGUGGUCGGUACAGGGCACACUAACCUGCACCAAUCUGCACCUCUACACCGAUUGCACCAAUCUACACCGCACCAAUCCGAAUCUGCACCAGUCUACACCGCGUGCCCCAACCCACACCGUCUACACCAACUGCACUGACUGCACCAAUCUACCCUGGUGCUUAUGGUCAGCAAGACCCAGCCUGAGCAAAUGUUGCUGUCGCCAUCAGCGCCUCGGCGACGCAAAAACCAGCCUCGACUUCACCCAGAGGCGUCAAGGCGGAAGAAAUGGAUGGCAUCAAGGCCUUGUCAGAGGCUGUGUUUGACGCCGAGCAGAAGUUCAGUCCACCGCAGCAUCCUUCAGCCCUCGUCUUCCAAACCAUUGAACUCGCUCAAACCAUUGAACUCGCUCAUGGCUCUGGAGAAUUGAAGCCGGAGCAGCCAGAGAUUCGAUCCUUGGACGAGGAAAGCCUCUGCAGCUGGUUCGCAUCUCCCACGGAGCCGGGCGCGGCCACCCUCCGCAUCGCCCACAUCACCCGCAAGCUCGACGUCUCCCUGGAGAUCUCGCAGAAGAGCUUCCUCAGCCUGCUGGCUACCAUGCGAGCCGACAGUUGCGUCCGCUACUACAUCUGCCACGACUACGACGGCUUUCACACACAUGGCGGCGGUGGCGGGGCGGCCGCAACACCCUCCGGAGCGGGGGGCAGCAGCACGCUGACCACGCGCUUCCUCGGCACGUUGCUCUACGCCCUGGUCUGGACCUUUGACCCUUGCACGCUGACCACGCUCGUGCUCUUCCUCAACCGCCGCCUGCACACCUUCCUCGGCUUCGUCGACACGCUCCGCGCCCUGCGGCGGCACCUGGCCGCCGGCCCCUCGCUGCCGGGCUUCGCGUCGGGCCUGUUCCUCACCCGCGAGUUCGACCACCAGACGGGCCGCUGGGAGCUGGGGACGCUGCGCGAGGUCGAGACCGAGACUGGCUUCGGGCCGCACCCUCACGCCCGAGCCAACACGGCCCGCAACUUUGACAUCCGGCAGCUCACCGACUGGGUCCAGGCCGUGGGCGAGGUCGGCGGGAACAUGGACAACAGGAUGCGGCACAUGCGGGUGGCGAGGGGGGUGCUGGAGGUGGUCAAGUCCGAGGGCGCGGAUCCGCCGGACCUCGAGUUCCGUGGCGGCGAUGCGAGGCGGAGGUAUCUUGAGGCCUCGGCGGCCCUCGCGGAGGCCGUGCCCGUCAUGGACCGGCGCAUGGCGACGUAUAUAGAUUACCUGGCAUACAUGAGCGUCAGAGCGCAACGACUCUCGGCUGUGGUGAGCAUUACCCAUCUUUCCCGAUGCCGCAACUCCCAAGGUGACAUUGAGUGCUUACAUGCUUACAUGCUUACAUGCGUCCAAAAAAAAAAAAAAAAAAAAAAACAAGCUCUUCGCACAACUCACCCACGUCGACGCCGGCGCGAGCAUCAAGCUCGCGCGUUCCAGCGCAGAGGACAGCUCGUCCAUGAAGACCAUCGCAGCCAUGACCAUGGCCUUUCUCCCGGCGACCUUCUUCGCCGCCCUGUUCGCCGUGCCGUCGCUGCAGUGGAACGGCCAGGACAAGGUCGUGCAGGACAGCUUCUGGGUCUACUGGGCCUUUACGCUCCCCGCCACGGCGCUGGUGUUCCUGAUAUGGCUGCUAAUGACCAAGAGGCAGUGGCUUGCGAGGCAUCUCUCAGGCCUGGCUCGGGGGUCGUCGGCAAGCGAGAUAAUAGAGGCGAGAGAAAAGAUUGUGUGAUGCGGAUAGGUUACAAACAAGGUUCAGACUGGCCACUUCUCCAACCACACAAGGCAACCGGCCCGCUGUUUCGGAGAGGGUGGGGCCUGGUUUUCAGAGGUCGUGAGGGGUCGCUGCGUCUCCCCCUCCCACUAGGUAGUUUAUUGCGACUCUGUCGACGGAAAGCAAGCAUGUUCUUUCUGUAACAAGUAAGAAUUAGAGGCUAAUUGGAGAGUGAUCUCGAUUCUCCUGUGGGGUCGAGGCAGCUUGAUGGGAUUUCUUCCUGCAGUUUCACGCCGCCCCCAAGGCACGGCGCG